AUGUCCCUCGAAAUCCCCACACAAACUCCCACAGAGCUGUACCCCUUCCUCUGGUGGAUGUGUUCAACGCAGUUUAUAAAAACUAAUUUUGUGUGUGUGUGUGUGUGUGUGUGUGUGUGUGUGUGUGUGUGUGUGUGUGUGUGUGUGUGUGUGUGUGUGUGUGUGUCUGUGGCUGUCUGCAGGGCACGCAUUGAGGAGCUGGAAGAGGAGCUGGAGGCCGAGAGAGCCAUGAGAGCCAAGGUGGAGAAGCAGAGGGCGGAGCUAACCAGAGAGCUGGAUGACCUCACCGACCGUCUGGAGGAAGCGGGCGGAGCUACUGCCUCGCAGGUGGAGGUGAACAAGAAGCGAGAGGCGGAGCUCCAGCGGCUGCGGCGGGACCUGGAGGAGACCACCAUCCAAUCGGAGGCGCUGGCCGCGGCGCUACGGAAACGCCACGGCGACUCGAUGGCGGAGCUGAGCGAGCAGUGCGAGACGCUGCAGCGGACGCGCGCCAAGCUGGAGAAGGAGAAGCAGAACCUGAGGCUGGAGGUGGAGGACCUGGCCUCCGCCCUGGACACCCUGCAGAAGGCCAAGGCCUCCACUGACAUCCAGCUGAAGAAGCUUGAGGAGCAGCUGUCAGACGCCUGCAGCAGGGGAGAUGACCUCCAGAGGGCGCUGACGGAGGUCAACGUGGCCAGGAACAGACUCACAGUUGACAACGCAGACCUGAGCCGGCAGCUAGAGGAGGUGGAGGGGCGGGCCUGUCAGCUGACCCGCUCCAAGUCUCUGGUCCACACGCAGCACGAAGAACUCCGGAAAAGCCUGGACGAGGAGGUCAAGUGUAAGCAGUCCCUGGGUGGGUCGCUGAGCGCGGCGCGGCAGGAGUGUGAGCUGCUGAAGGAGCAGCUGGAGGAGGAGCAGGAGGGAAAGAUGGAGCUGCAGCGCCUGGUGUCCAAGCUCAACACGGAGACCACCCACUGGAGGGGCCGCCUGGAGGCGGACGCCCUGCAGCACGCCGACGAGCUGGAGGAGACCAAGAAGAAGAUGCUGUCCCGGCUCCAGGAGGCGGAGGAGGCGUCCGAGGCCACCCAGGCCAAGUGCUCCUCACUGGAGAAGACCAAGCAGAGGCUGCAGGGCGAGGUGGAGGAGCUCUGCAUGAGCCUCGAGAAGGCCAAUGGGUGUGGGCAGGCCCUGGACAAGAAGCAGCGUGUGCUGGAGAAGCAGCUGACGGACUGGCGGCAGAAGAGGGAGGAGCUGGUGGCGGAGGUGGAGACGUGCCAGAAGGAGAGCCGCCUGCACGCCGCCGAGCUCUUCAAGCUCAAGUCGGCCCACGAGGAGGCGCUGGAGCACCUGGAGGCGCUGCGGCGCGAGAACAAGGCCCACCAGGAGGAGAUCGGCGACCUGACGGACCAGCUGUCGGACGGCGGCAAGAGCGUCCACGAGCUGCAGAAGGCCAAGAAGAAGAUGGAGAUGGAGAAGGAGGAGCUGCAGGGCUCGCUGGAAGAGUCGGAGGCGGCGCUGGAGGUGGAGGAGACCAAGGUGCUGAGGCUGCAGCUGGAGCUAAGCCAGGUCCGGGGAGAGCUGGAGCGCAAGCUGCAGGAGAAGGAGGAGGAGGCGGAGGCUGCCAGGAAGAGCAACCAGAGGGCGGUGGAGUCCCUGCAGGCCAGUCUAGACGUGGAGGUCAAGGGUCGCGGGGAAGGCCUGAAGCUGAAGAAGAAGCUGGAGGCGGACCUCAAUGAUCUGGAGGUGCAGGUGGACCUGCUCACCAAGACCAACGCCGAGCUCAGCAAGAACGGCAAGAAGAUGCAGCAGCAGAUCAAGGAGCUCCAGGCUCAGAUGGAGGAGGAGGUGCGGAGCGGGGAGGAGCGUCGGGAGGAGCAGGCGGUGGGCGACCGGCGCCACCUCCAGGUGGCCGGGGAGAACCAGGAGAUGCGCGCGGUGCUGGAGACCACGGAGAGGGCCCGCAAGACCCUGGAGGCGGAGCUACAGGAGGUCACCGAGAAGUGCUGCCUCCUCAACAGCCAGCUGCAGUCGUCGGGGAGCAUGCGGAGGAAGCUGGAGCUGGACCUGCAGGCCCUGCUGCAGGAGCACGAGGAGGUGCAGACGGAGCUGCGGGGAGCCACAGAGAGGGCCAAGAAGGCCGGGGGGGAGUGGGUGCGCGUGGCGGAGGAGCUCCGUCUGGAGCAGGAGGCGGCGGUGCAGCAGCAGCGGCUGAAGAAGGCUCUGGAGGUGCAGGCGAAGGAGCUGGGGGUCCGGCUGGACGAGGCCGAGCAGAUGGGCCUGAAGGGGGGCAAGAAGAUCAUCCAGAAGCUGGAGGGAACGGUGAAGGAGCUGGAGCUGGAGCUGGACGCGGAGCAGAAGCGCCACGGGGAGACGGUGAAGAGCCUCCGGAAGAACGAGCGGCGUCUGAAGGAGCUGGUGUUCCAGGCGGAGGAGGACCAGAAGAACCAGCAGCGCAUGCAGGAGCUGGUGGAGCGGCUGCAGAACAAGAUGAAGGCCUACAAGAGACAAGUGGAGGACGCCGAGGAACAAGCCAACAUGAACCUGGCCAAGUACAGGAAGACGGUCCACGAGCUGGACGACGCCGAGGAGCGGGCGGACAUCGCCGAAACGGCGCUCACUAAGAUCAGGACCAAGCGACGGGACAGCUUCAGCAAGGGCUACUCCUCCGGCUACAGCACCCCCUACCCGGGACUGGUGAGGUCCCCCAGCUCAGCCGGGUCGGAGGGCAGGUGUGAGAAGCUCAACGAUGACGAUGCAGAGUCCGUUAACUCCCUCAUCCCGGCAUACCUCAACUCACUCAAGAAGCUCAUGAUCGACUAAGGAGCGCUCGGGGCUACUUUCACUUUUGGUUUCACUUUCACUUUGAGUUUUCACUUUCAGGUCCGAUUCUUUCAGGGUGCCCCUAUGACUAGCUCUCGCUGACAUUGAAGAAAAUAAUCCCACGUUGAAAAAUAAGGCGUAGGAUUAACUACUUUAUAUAAUAUAAGUAUAUGAGUCACAGCAAAUUGUAAUGCUGCAAAAAUAGUAGACAUUUUAAAUAGUAAUGUUAUGUUGAAUGUUUGAGUACUGGGAUUAAUUGUUCAAACCGCAUUACUUAGUUAAAAUCAAUGAAAAAUCUAUGAAAAAUACAACUAUUAAUGUCCUUUAACAAAAUGUGAUAUUUAGGCUAUUCAUAUUUUCUACUUGUUUGCAUUAUAUUUAGCUAAGAUUAUAUUCUCUGUAAAAGUCUGAAGUGGGGAUAUAUCAUCAGUAAGAAAUUUAAAUACAAUUUGAGCUACCUAUCUUUUUCUACUAUUCUAUUAUUGUAUAUUAACUCUUGAUAAUUGUUUGAACGAUGCUAGAUUACUCAAAUAUGGCAUUACAGGCUGGAAUAAAAACAUCAUCACAGUAAAAUAUACCUAAUAUUUCUGGGUUAUCUUUUUAAGUGUCAUGGUUUGAUUGACAUAAUCAGUACGUCUAAAGGCACGCUUAUACUGUAAUAUUUUUGUAAAGAAAAUAGAUUGAAUAUGGACAAUCUUAAUUGGUUGUUUCGACAAUCCACAUUUUAUCCUUUUGAAUUGUUCUGACUUGUAGAGAACUAAAUGCAGUGCAGGAUUCUGUUUGUGAUGGGAUAUAUAUUGUUUGCCUACUCUUUAGGGGAAAAUUAUAUUUACACAUCACUGAAUAUAUACAUGCAUAUUCCUGCCCCCAAAAAACAAAUUUGUCUAAAAUAAUGUUUUUGAAUGUGAAUGUAUUUCAGUUUUUUAAAUUACGUUACCAAAUUAAAAAUCUUUAAUCUUCUUUUCAAUCAAGGGAUUUUUUUUUGUAACCACAUGUGUAGACAAUGAAAGGCAAUUGAAAAGAAAGACUGAAGAGACCACUGAAAUGUAGAAUAUAUCUAUCUUUAAUAUUUUUAUUUAUGGAAAUGAAUGCCAGCCAUUGAGCAGUUAAUGUAUAUAGAAAUCUAUGCCGCCAGUGGUCAAAAUUAUACUUUAAAGCACACUAAACAUAGAUCAUGUGUGGUUUUUAUACACUGAUUUUGUACAAGUUAAAGGACAAGUUCUAAGACAUGUUUCCGAUCUGAUUGAUAUUUGGCAUCGUGGGCGAAGAGGAGUGGGUUGUUUUGUACCAUCUACAGGGUAUACCGGUAUUAGAAUAUGCUCAAAUUAACGUCAAAAAGAUGCACCGUAUACCUUAAAUCUAUAAUAUUUGGGAAAUUUAAGAUAGAUAUUUAUAAUAUAUCUAAUGAGCGUAAUGGAAAUCCUUAAGGAAUCAUCUGAAUUAAAAGUGGAUUUGACAACUGCAUACAAUCCUUUGACAUACUCUUAAACAAGUACGUAAAGAUUAGGUUUAUUCUGCCCUAUACUUCAGAAGCAUAUCACACAUAAUCAAAGAAAUACAUCAAAUUGAUUUCUAAUGGGUCAACGGUCAGAAUUUGUUCACAUUUUUGAGCAGAAAGUGCAAAUUGCCAUUUAGUAAUACGCAUGGAUGAAUUAAUAGUGACAAUUAAAGAGUCAAUAGAAUUUAUAGACUUUUACGUGAUGGAAUGAGAAAAUGUUUCACCGAGAGUUUAUAACAUCAGAGCAUGCACAAUCGUUCACAACAGCAACAGGAGUGCUAGCCACACUAGUAACAUACUAGCAUUUUGACCGCUUGGCCUCAUCCUCCCAGCAACUUGUGGCCUCUCUAUUCACCUGGCGGCCAUCUUGUUCCAAAACGCUACCUGUGUGGGGGAACUGGAUGCGGAAUUCCGCAAUCAUUUCCCCCCGCCAGGUAAUGUUUCCAACAAAGAUGGCUGCUAGGCGAAAGGUCCAUAGGCUCAUACAGAACAAGCCAAAGAUCUGGAGAGUAGUUUUACCGGGUCAUUAGCAGCUUUCAUUAAAUGCCAUUCUGAAUACAUUUCUGCCUGCUUACAGUCCUACUGUCUGUUUCUUUCACAUCGGGGUUAGGAAAUGUCUUUACAGAGCUUCAAAAGCAGACAUGGAACAGUGUUUGCGUCGCUGCGGUGCUCGCAUACUAGAGCAAAUUUUUUAUACUUACGGAUUUGUGAGAUAACCAUUGCUUGACUCUCGCUCAUUCUUUUGCAGUAUCCA